AUGAAUAUCUGGGAUGAUGAAGAUUUUCGAGCAAGGUUCAGAAUUUCAAAGGAUGUAGUUAUACAAGUGUUGGGAUUUAUAAACGAUCAAAUAUCUUCACGAUCCGACAGAAAUCAUGCAUUGACGUCCAUUGAAAAAUUACUUUUGGCUCUAAGAUUUUAUGUAACAGGAAAUUUCCUUAUUACUGCUGGAGAUUUUAUGGGAGUUAGCAAGACCACUGCUUCUCUAAUUGUACGUGAUGUCAGUACUGCCAUUACAAAACUUAGAACUAUUUUUGUUAAAAUGAUAAUUGAAAGUGAAAUACCAUGCAAAAACGUUUUUAUAAAAUUGCUAAAUUUCCUAGGACAAUUGGGGCAAUUGAUUGCACUCUUGUAA